UCGCGACGAGUAUUCAUCUCACACGGGAAACACAUUCGAAUACGGUCCUUACGCUACAUUAUAAUAAAGUUUAUUAUCGCGUAAUUUAUCGAGUGCUCCAAAUACAGUGGUCGAAAUUAAAAAAGUGUUUAUUUUUUUAAAUAAAUUAGGCAAAAGAACAACAUACGGGAGUCAUUUGUUUACGUUGAGUAAACAAAAUACCAAAAGUGAAUUGAGUGAUAAUUAAAAAAAAACAGAACAAUGAUGACCAUCAGCGAGAGACAGUACUCCUCGAACAAGAUGUCCAGCAUCCACAAGAUCAACGACAGAGUUGUCCACAGGGACAGCUACGAUGAUGUGAAGAGUUCAUCCAGCAUCAACAGUGCCCUGGUCACAAAACGUGGAUUCAAACCAUCUGACAUGUUUGAUCCACAAAAGAAAGCGUUCCUCACUAACCUCAGUUAUAAAUUGUUCCCUAACGACGCGGAAGUGUCCCGGGAAGUCUCACCAGGACGACCACUGGAAUUCCCGCCUGAGGAUCUGGAAAACAAACCGCUGCUGCCUGGAGAGAAGGAGAUCGACCUGAACAAGAUAUUCACUCCGGCGCCUGAUGCUGAGGAGCAUCUAAUUAAGAAGGACCGCAAAUUCGAAAAAACAUUCGCGUCAUCAGCUUUCUACGUGCCUGGCGUGCACCCCACUGUCAAGGAGCAGAUGGACUUGGCCCGGGCCAUCUCCAAGUCCCUCAGCGACUCUAGCAACCACAUGAGCAGAGGACAAAGCAUGUAUGUGAACAGGAAGAAGCGAUCUGUCAAAUGGGUGCACGAGGGAAGAGGCCGUAACACAUCUAACUCCUGCUCGACGCCCACACCGGUAGCCAACCACGACACCGCCUACCGCCCGCCAUCAAGUCUUCGAAGUCAGAAAACAUACCCGAAAUCAGCGCUGAAAUAUUCCAACAAUAGCCUGCCCAAGAUGGAACCAUUUCCCAUCUCUACGCCGACCAUAACUUUACAAAACGUCGAGGUGCCCGUGCCGUUAGCGCCGACGAAACUAAACGAUGUCUAUGCCGCGCCAAAGAGUCCACGCCUGCCGCUUGUCUCUGGUCCCAAUUUCAAUAUGGCGCCGCGCGGUUGGGGGGAAAUGACCGAUUAUUACAGACCAGUAUCGUUAGACGGCACUGGAAAGCUGGCAACACCUUACACAGAUUUUUAGGUGUAUAAACAUCGGAAAGGAAUCUAGUUAUUAAAUGUAUUACCUAAUUCGUACAAAAUUAAGAAAAUAUAACUUUUUUACUUUUUUAAAUUCUUAAGCGCACUUAAUUUGUCCUUCGCUACCUAACAACCAGGUAGAUAUAGGCGAAAGAU